AUGAAUGGAAUAAUUGUGGGUGAAGAAAGACAAGAUGAGACACGGUUGAUAGAUGAUAAUAAAAGGAAUGCAGAGAAUGAUCGAGAAAAAGAAGCUAAUGUACGAUUGCGAAGAAACGGGAAGCAACUGAUGAACUCGUCCAAUUUCACGAGCCACUAUCGACUGGCGAAUCACCGACGACGAUUGAGCUCAUCUCAAAAGGAGCAUUCAAGUGGCCAGAAAGCACUGACUGCAGAAUACUACAAGUGUGAGUGUAAUUUCGAAUCUGACGAUGAAGUAGCAAGCAUCGCCGGGCGUAUGCAAGGGCAUUAUGGCAGAAUUGUCAUUCACGACCUGCACUCUCUUUUACCUGAUAUUGUUUGCGUGUGUGACAUUCAUUAA